GGGCACUGAUUGGGCACUCGGCGAGCAGCGGUUUCUAUUUAAGUGAGCGUGCCAGUCAGUGCCGGGCGCCUGCUGGGUUCUGACGGGAGGCGGCGGCUUUGGGCAGUUGCACCUGCCAUCUGUCGGCUGUUGAGCCCGCCGAGCUGUGCAUGGAGCAAUGGGCAAGGAGGAGGGAGGAAGUCCAGUGACCGAGAUGUAAUUCGGUGAUACCGGGAGGCCUCAAACAGGAACGGGAAAAUAAACCGGGACCAGGACUGAAGAUGAUGAAGGUUUGGGGCCUUGUUCUCUGUGGCCUGCUGAUGCCAUUGCAAGUUUCGGGCGUGGGGCGCGUGACUAUCCCGCAACCGUCCUAUGACAAGGCGUGUGAAGAUUACGUCUCCAGCUUCUUCAGGUCGGAAAUGGAGAAACUCCGAUUCCCAGGAUUAACAAUUACCCUGAUUACUAUCAAUGGGUUGCAUGUGGCGAAAGUUACCGUGCUUCCCGUGAAAUCCGAGUACGUUCCUGGACUUGGGAUCAAGAUGGGAAUUUCCGCUAAUGUCAAAAUCCUUGGCAAUUGCUGGUCUAUCCUCUUGUCGGGCCUGGCCACUAUCAACGUGCGCGUGGACUGUACUGCCCUCAUUCUGCUGCCUAACUAUGUGCCGCUUAGCACCAGCGUUGCCGUCCGGGACUGUCGAUGUACGGUGGCUCUCCUGGACAUCAAUAUCAGCUUGCUGGAUAUCCGUGCGAGCGUGACAACCAGCCUAGGGAACAACAUCGUGAUGGCGUUGAAAGUCAAGACCCCGGUGAUCCUGGCGGCCUGCGUGUCCUUCGGGCACUCCAAGCUGCUGAGCCAGAUCAACUGUGUGCUCCCGUUUGAGAAGGGAAAGCUCAUGUAUGUGGCCCAAACACCCACAGUAACUAAGCGGUUAAUUGAAAUUCCGGUCAAGACGGAGUACCUGGCCGACAGCGGGAAGAAAAUCCCCAUCCCGCCCCUCCCCAAGGGUUUUGUGAUGUUACCGGAGCUGAACGUGACAGCGGGGGCCAUCGGCGAGAACGUCUUCACGGCUGUCCUCGGCUACAAAAUCUUCAAGAAACCUCACUCCUUCCCUUGCACCACUCACACGUUCCGUGACGCGCUGUCCCUGGAGCAGGUGGUCUCUGAAGUGAUUGUUUCCAAGUGCCCCUCCUGCACCCCGGUCUCGUCUUCCCUGGUCAUCGUCACCAAGCUGCUCAAACCCCUGAAGGUGUCUCUGGACGUGAACCUGUGCAUCAUGAAUAUCUCCCUUCGCCUGGAGAUAAUGGACAAAAAGGGAAGCAAGAAACCUCUGAACCUCAUUGCCUUGCAAGUGGACCUGGGUUUGACUGCCAUUCUGCAGCUGGUGGAAGGGAAGGUGCACUUCAUAGCCUCCGUGAACAGAGUGUAUUUCAAGCUGCUGUCCUCAGUCCUUGGCACUGUGAACAUUGUGCGUCUCCACGCGCCCCUGAGAGCUUUCGUCCAGGCAGUCCUACUCAAGGAGAUCAAUUUGAACCUCCACUUAGGAAAAAUCCCGAUCCUCCAAGCGCCAGGACUGACUCCCGGCAUGGCCCAUUGCCACCCUUCUAAGCGCUGCCUCGUGUGCCACAACAGAGUCCCUAAGAAGGGGUGAUGUGCCCAGCUCUGACUCUCCUCCCCCCGGAUGAGGAAGGAGGAAAGGGGGCACCAUGGGGAGUUUUCAGUCAUGUUCUUCGGUCCAAACUUUUGAUUCAAGCUUUUUACUCGGGAGAAAAACCUGCUACAUGUGCUGGAGAAGUGCAGCGGAUCUGACAGGCACCUUGUUACAGAAGAAAUAUUUUUGGGUUUCCUGUUUUUCAGAUCAAAUCUAUCUUGAGCAACACGUUUUGGGGAGGGUCUGGGGCACAUGGUUAUUGUGUAGUCACUUUCCUUUGGUUACUCUGUUAAUAAACCAUUCUGCUUAGCA